AUGACCAUGCUGAUCGAUGCUAUGAAUACAUUUAGUUUCAACUACCCGAAUGGCGAACCCCAGACUCCGACGAGGACGCCCACCUCGGGAGCGUUCGGUGAUACUACUUUUCAAACCCCCAAGUUUGAGUCCAGUUUCUACGAUCCCCGGGUGACAUGGGACACCGCAGAUCCGUAUGCGUCGAGUCCAGAAUUGCUCAAGACCCCGCAAAGAUUCGCCUUUGGGACGCCGUCUCACUCGAUGCAACCUCUGGAUGCCUCCUUUGGACAGCACAUAUCACCCAAUGUCACCGCUAAAGGGCCGGUGGACACUGACACUGCCAAGCGCAAGCGGGCUGCGAAGCCAAACACAAAUUUCGUGGAGGAAGGACCGGGCACUGUCAAUUCGACUCGAUCUGCAGCCACUAUACAAACUCCCCCCCCAACAAGCACGUCUCGGAGGAGAGCAGGAGAUCCGGCAGAUGAAGGACAGGGUUUUGUAGAAAGUGCAAAAAGGCUGUCAGCUGCCACUGAAACCCAUUUGGAAACACCAAGCCGAAUCAUCGGUGCUUCACCGCACCUGUUUCCAAACCUAGAAAACUCACCUGAUUUGUUUCGAUUUUCAACCAUUAACCAGUCUACCUCUCCUUUUUUCCCGCAACAGAAGCUCUUUCUGGAUCAAGAUGCCAAUGACUUCUCUCACCUUUCAACAGAUCCAUUUGGCGGUGCAAACAAUGACUUUUCUACCGCAAUUAAUGCAGCAUCCCAUCCUCAGUCACUGGACGUACCGCCACUCCCUACCAUACAUGGAUCAUUGGAUUUGUCCGAAUUUAGCCAUGACCCUAGUUUUGGCAUGGGGACAACCACUCCGGCCGACGCUGCUCUAUUUCCAGCCCCCUUCUCUACUUCCCCUCGCGUAUUAAUUGCGAAGGCAGAUGACCCAAGUCUAUUCCUCAGCUCGCCCGCUCGACGGUUCGGGCCUCCCCAGGCUGUCUCAGAACCAAGGACUGCUCCUCGACCAUCUCGACAGCCUUACCAUCAUCAGACAGAGGAAGCAAAACGAGAGCAACAGCGCCGUACAAGCCAAGUUGACAGCCGACCUCCAUCUGGUUCAUUUUCCGGUGACGAGGGGAAGGAUGACGAUUUCACCCCUCGUGCUCAGGGCUUCAGACCAAGCUUGAACAGAAGCCAUACCACAACUGCGAUUACAUCGCUUUCCUCACACUCCCGUCAACAGAGCCAACUCUCCUUCGCCAGCAGUCACACUUCAUCCAGCGGCGUCAAAAAGGUUCCCCCGAAAGGACGCGUUUCUCCGGUCAAGACAAUGCGGCAACCCUUGCCACGAUCGAAUUCCUCAUGCCUUCCUACUCGUUCACAAUCUUUGAUCUUGAAGAUCGAUAAAGAUGGUAGGGCAAAGACCGAAUUCCAAGCCCCUGGCAGCAACCAGUUCACCGGUCUCACCGAUCCGAUUUCAGAAAUGGACAUUGAUGGGUCUGCCACCGAAAGUGAAAGCGAUUCUGCAGAAUUCUCCGACUACCCUGCUGUACAAAGCACAAAUAAUUCCUUCGCAUUCUCAGGCCUGUCUCUCACAAAACCACAGCUCAGCCGAACCGGCUCGAUCUCCCGACCAAACUCUAAGAGUUCUUAUGCAUCAUCAUCCCUUUCGGGACGUCGUUCACCGUGGGCAGAUUCACGACCUAAACGGCCUCAGUCGGCGAUCAUCCCAUCAGAGUGGACCAACACGCCGAGACGGUUUUCGAUCCCAUCUAAUGCCAAUUUUACCCGAAACUCGGCGUCCACUGAUAGUACUUUGCCAGAUCCUGAUGAGGACUCAGGCGAUGCUCAACAUGCACUCAGACAAGUUCUCCAGGGACGUGGAAGAAACACGGUGGGAAGGUAUGCAGGAGGGCGGAUGCCUGUAUCUCAGUCGAUGAACCAUCUUCCCUCUUCCCCUCCUGGCAUGGGGCGAUUCGACAUUGGCUCUGGCGAUUCCACGACAUCCCCGACUACCCUCACCGAUCCCGAUUUAGGGACCCCGAAUAGCGACAGACGGACCAACCCAGGGAAUGGCACUAGAUGUGUUUGCAAGUCAAUGGAAAACGGCGGUCACUUGAUGAUUCAAUGUGAGUCAUGCAAUCACUGGCUGCAUACCAAAUGUGUCGGCUUGAAUCGAUCCAACCUUCCCCCAGUGUACAUCUGUGUGUACUGUUGCUCUACCCCGAUGCGUGGAGGUCGCAUUCGUGAUCCUUUGGUCGGAACCUCACAUGCUGCCUCCUCACCUCUGGCACGCAAAUCCUUCCGAUACCGAUAA